AUGUCUAGCACUGCAUGUGUGCACCUAUACUAUGGGUCUUACGUCCUCAGGAAACAAAGUCAUUCAGUUUUGAAGGCUCAAAAGGCCUUUGUUCUCUGCCUUUCCUUGUUGUCUCUGCUGACACUGCCCUGCUCUCCUCAGGCCCACUCUCUACUGCAUACCGAGUCUUCAAUUAAGUUGCAGAGUUCUGAUGGAGAGAUAUUUGAAGUUGAUGUUGAAAUUGCCAAACAAUCUGUGACUGUCAAGACAAUGUUAGAAGAUUUGGGAAUGGAUGAUGAAAAUGAUGAUGACCCAGUUCCUCUACCAAAAUUACAAAAGGUCAUUCACCAGUGCACCUGCCACAAGGAUGACCCUCCUCCUCCUGAGGAUGAUGAGAACAAAGAAAAAAGAACCAAUGAUACCCCUAUGUGGGACCAAAAAUUCCUGAAAGUUGACCAAGGAACACUUUUUGAACUUAUCCUGGCUGCAAACUAUUUAGACAUCAAAGGUUUGCUUGAUGUUACAUUCAAGACUGUUGCCAAUAUGAUCAAGGGGAAAACUCCUGAAGGGAUUCACAAGACCAUCAGCAUCAAAAACGACUUUACUGAAGAAGAGGAAACCCAGGUAUACAAAGAAAAGUGAAUUGUUGUCACUGAC